UGCAGUGGUGUGUACUGUCAUUUAGACCGACAUGGAUUAAGGGGCUGCCGUGUCGUGAAGCAAGGAGCGAUUGGGAAAUACAAUUGCAAACUGCAACAUUUAAGAGCAGAGUGCGUAGGUGGAUCUUGUGGUGAGCUUUGUGCAUCUUGCACAUGUAGUUGAUGAUCUAGACACGUAGCCUGAAGGCUGCACUGCAACAAUGCCAGAAUCCUCCCUGGUCAAGGACAUUUGCAGCAGUUCUGUUGAAUGUAGAACAUCCCCCUUGAGGCAAUUUAGCCAAUCACCGCUGCCACUGCACAGAAAGCCCUACAUGCUCAGUACCUUCUGCACAGAGAACAACGUGCAAGAAUGUUUAUCGCACAUCAGUCAGGAGGUGUCAUCUCUUGGCCUCCCACCAGUUUGGACAGAGUCGGGCAGCUCAGAGAUGAACGUCGUGGCUGUGCUGAAUUGCAUGUAUGACCUGAUUCAGCUGCACCACAGGGGCCUCCGAACCCUGGAAAACAUGGAAGUGGAGCAACUUAAGUCCAGCAGCAAUGUCAACUUCCUGCAGCUCACCAGCACCAGACUAAAAGAGCAGCUUGAACAGUCCAAAAGAGAAAACAUGGGACUCCUUGAGCGAGAACGGCAGCUACAGCUUAAAGUCAAGAGUUUGCAAAACUGCCUGAAAAAUGAGAAAGAAGAGGUGCAAAAACUUCAGAACAUAAUUUCAAGUCGGGCCAGCCAGUACAAUCAUGAGAUGAAAAGGAAAGAAAGAGAAUUUAACAAACUGAAAGAGCGCUUGAAUCAACUUCUGGUUGACAAAAAGGAAAAGAAACAAGCCAUUGAUGUAUUAAACAGCAUUGGAAGAGCAGAUGGAAAGAGAAGUCUUUGGAAAACUGAAAAGACAGAGGCGAAGCAUGAGGGGGAGAUGUACAAGACUCUACUGAGUGACUAUGACACCCGACAAAGGGAGUUGCUGCUGGAAAAUGCAGAGUUGAAAAAAGUGUUGCAGCAGAUGAAAAAGGACAUAGUGUCCAUUCUGAGUUCAAGGAAGCCACUGCUGAAAGGAGACAAACAUCAAGACGAUGGCAUACAGGCUGACUCAGAGGAGGAAGAAGAAGUGUUUGAUUCCAGUAAAGAACGCGUAGAGCUGUAUUGUGUUCAUGCCCGGGAGAAGCUCACCAACAGUAUUCGCCUCCAGUGGAGAAGACUCAAGAGCCACGUUGAAAGACUGGACAGCCAAGCAUCCUUGGCUCAGAUGGGCGAGAGUAAAAACACUGAUGCUGUUUCCAGAGAGACUCAUGAGGAGGAGAUGGACAGAUUGAAGCUGGAGAUUCAGCAGUGCAAAGACUUUAUUCAAACACAACAGCAGCUCCUGCAGCAGCAGCUGAGCUCUCCGUGUGAUGAGGAGACAGUAUCCCUGCUGAGUGACUGCUACAUGCUGCAGGAGAAAGAGCGCCUCAGAGAGGAGUGGAAGACCCUAGAGGAACAGAGAAAGAUCUUUGAAAGGGAGAGGAAGAACUUCACUGAGGCAGCUAUAAGACUUAGCCAUGAGAGGAAGGCCUUCGAGGAGGAUCGAGCAACAUGGCUCAAACACCAGUUUUUAAACUUGAGUCCAUUUGCUGACUCAAAGAAACCCCCGAUGUCAAAGUCUAAAAGUGCCUUUUUAAUAUCUGAAACGAAGGUGAGUGCAGGGUCGGCUCCAGAAAAUCUCACCAGAUGCCCAUCUAACACAACCUCCUCCACACCCAGAUGUGUCCCACUCACAUCACCAUCAACAGCCGACCUGCAUCGCACACUUUGCCUUAUCCAAGAAAACAGCUCAACCAAACCAAAGAGAAAGGCUGAACAUGCUGGAGAGUCAAGCUUCUUUUUUAAUGGAAAUGUUCCCGUUCAGCACAAAGAGUGGAACGACAGCGAAGACCACAGCAGACACACACUCACAAAGGAAAAGAACAGCUCUAUAUGAAACCAAAAACUUUCAUCAUUUGAAUCAGAAUUAUUGUUAAUGUCCAUUAAUUAUGGAUUAUUUGUGGUAUUUCAGAAAUACACCUGAAUUGUAAAUGCCAAACAAAUGCAGAUAGACUGUAAAAUAAUUAAAUAGCUGUUAACAGUUGAAGCCAAACUGGUUAGCUGCUGGUGUUCUGUGCUCUGUGUAAGUGAGAGAAAAUCUGUAAUCUGUUUCUUUUUUAAUAUCUUAAUGUAUUUAUUUAUUUAUGUGCUACUGUAACUCUUGUUUGGGCUGUCAGACCUCAUGUCUAGGAUCUUAGUCCAAGGCUAGUAUUUUUUGGCAAUGUAAGCGUGCCACAAAAGAUCCCAUAUCCCGGUAAUGAGAUGUUGGCUGGCCCUUGUUAAUGGUCACUGUGGUACCUAAAUCGUGCUGUUUAUAUCACAGCUUUUCAGCUUCUGUUAUCAUGUUAAAUAUGUUAACAAUGUUUAAAUGUAGAUUCAAUGCUGCUGUUUCACUAAAUGCAAAAAGAAACUGGGUAUGUAUGUUUCUAUAGUUUAACACAGAAAUGUGUUUAACAACAUUGUUUUUUAAUAACUGUUCACACAUUAGUAGCAGGUCAUAUAUGAUGAUGUAGUUAAAUAGGAACAAAGGCUGUAAAAUUGAACAAAUUACAUACUGUGUAGUGGAACUCUGCACUAAGGUUAGACCACUCUGAUGUCAAUAUGAAUGUAAAUUCCUCUCAUAAUUUUUUUAAUGUGUUUAUUCUAGUGGCUUUAUAUUGAGAGAAUUUGUACCACAGGAACGUGACAUGAUGUAUUGUAGACAAUCUUCUAUUCUUGAAACAUUCAUUACACAUUCUUGAAACACAA